UCUGUCUGCGCGGCACACACGACAGCCGGCUCAGGGAAAGGAGCCCGCGAGCUGCUGGGUUUUGUUAUCACCGCUUCCGCUGUCUAUGGAAAGCAGCGGACACUUCCCCUCCCCUCCCCGCCCGGCGUUGCCGUUCGCGCCGCCGGAGAUGUAGCGGUGCAGCUGGGUCUGCCCCGGAGGGCGCUGGCCGCCCGCAGGCAGCGAGCCCGGGCAGGGCUUUCGCUUGGCACCGGGGGAGAGAGUGCGUUCGUCAUGGCCACUAUCGUCACGGAAAAGCUCAGCCGCCUUUUCAUCCACGUCCAGCAGCCCUGGCACAUCCCCGGGCUGCUGGAGGCCGCGUUCCCCUCCUCCCCGGCCACCGUGGGCACGUCGGAGGUGCCCAAGAUCUUCCGGAAGCCCUACAUCCACGCGGGCUACCGGCCCCUCAACCAGACCUGGAAGUACUACUUCCUGACGCUCUUCCAGCAGCACAACGAAGCCAUCAACGUCUGGACCCACCUGGUGGCCGCCCUGGUCCUGCUGCUGCGCUUCCAGCAGCUGUCCCGGACCAUCGACUUCGUGAGCGACCCCCACGCCCACCCCUUGUUCAUCAUCCUGGUCGCCUCCAUCACCUACCUGAGCUUCAGCACCCUGGCCCACCUGCUCCAGGCCAAGUCCGAGUUCUGGCAUUACAGCUUCUUCUUCAUGGACUACGUGGGCGUUGCCAUCUACCAGUACGGCAGCGCCACGGCACACUACUACUACGUCAUCGAGCCCGCCUGGCACGCCAAGAUCAAGGGCUUCUACAUGGCAGGGGCCGUCUCGUUAGCCUGGCUGUCCUGCGCGGGCUCCUGCUACGCCAAGUACCGGUAUCACCAGCUGCCGCGCUACCUGAGCAGGCUGUACCAGGAGAUGCCCUCGGGCCUGGCCUACGUCCUCGACAUCAGCCCCGUGAUUCAUCGGAUCUACGUGACGCAGUCCUCGGAGCACCCGGACCCGGCCAUCCUGUACCACAAGUGCCAGGUGCUGUUUUUUCUCCUCGGCGUCUUGUUCUUCUCGUACCCCUACCCGGAGAAGUGGUUCCCCGGGAAAUGCCACUUCUUUGGGCAGGGCCAUCAGAUCUUCCACGUCUUUCUGGUGCUGUGUACCCUGGCCCAGAUCCAGGCGGUGGUGCUGGAUUACGAGUCAAGAAAGCAGGUCUAUGCCGGUCUGCACACCGAGACGCCCCACAACUUCUCCGCCCUCUGUCUCUUCACGGUCGUCUGCUGCGUCCUCACAGCCACGUACAUGGCCGGCAAAGUGAAGCGCAAACUGAGCUGCAAAGCGGAGUGAUGCCCCCGGACCGCUCCCAGGCUGCUAAAUACCGGCUGCCGAGCUGCCUGAAUGGCACUCGCCCUGACCCGCGGCGUUAAACCCUGCCCGGGGGCUUCAGGAUACAGGGGAGGAGUGGAGGUGGACGAAGGGGGAAUAUCGAGACGGCGGGCCUUGCGAGGGGGGUUGAUUCUGUAUCCUGGAAAGUGCGCGUGGAUGCGUGCGUCUGUGUGCGUGAGUGUGUGUGAGAAAGCUUUUCCUCUCUCUGCUUGUUUUCUGCAUUUGAACUUCAGAUCCCGUGUUUCCCGGAGCACUGCAUGAAGGGUUGGAAACCCAGCAGGACUGCGGCAUUUGAAGCCCGGAGAGGCGCGAGAAGGGAAAUGACUUUUUAAUCAGAGUAGUUAAACCUGGUUUUGCUGUAAUUCUGAUUAAACUCAAAUGCCUGGGAUCAAAGCUGUGUGUUAGAGUCCAUCCUUGUACCCUGAGGUCUAUGGACGGAGGAAGUUCCCUGGUCAUGUCCGGGGUCCCCAGCAAGGCUUUCUAGCAACACGGAGCAGGGCAGAGUAGACAUCAAAGCCCAGUCCAGCCUUCCUCCACACAUCGCAGAGCAGCAAGCAAGGAGACAAGUCCAGGAUGUGUCUCGUUUACAGACACCCGCUGGAACAAAAGGACCCCCAAGCACCCUCUCGCACACCGCAGCCACAAAGCACCUUGGUAGCAAUCAGCCCUGAUGUGCCCCGGGCCAAGAACAGGGGAGAUGAGGGCUUUGCACUGCCACGGGCCCAUGACAAGGACGGGCAGGAGCAGGAGAGGAUGUGGGAGGAGAGGAGGCCUCGUUCCCACUGACCUCUUCCCCCUGCAACGCCUCUCCGCAGCAGACAGCGGUAACAGAUGAGCAAGGCACGGGGGGUCGUGCAGACCCGAUGGGAGCAGAGCUGGCCGCUCUACUGCUGCUGUGCUUUGGCAGCAGCAGGAAAUGGCAAGGACAAGGAGCCUGCCGGAACCGGGGAACGAAUGCACCGAUGGGAAAAGGGGCAGAGGGGAGACGCACUGAGAGCAAGGGGUGGUUGGUGGGGAGGGACAGGAGCUUGGGUGGAAGGCCCGGGAAGAUCCUUCCCCACUAAGGCCAGCCCAGAGGGAGACAUUCGCUGCAGGCACGAGCAGCAGCGGGGACAGAGAUGAGGGCAACCAGGACUCAUGCCGGUGACCUCCAAGGGGGAGGGGGUGGGUUUGGUGAGAAGCUGGACAGCGGGAGAGUCCUUGCUGUUCUCAAAACCGGGCCUGGCUGCAGAGGACGGAGGGGCUGCCCCACACAAGAGCGGCCAGGCGAGUUUAGGGUUAGAGCCCCUGGCUCCUCUGCAGCUCGGCCCAGCCACCCAGGUCUCUCCCGGCUGUCCACGGGGUCUAGUCUGAGGCCCUGCCCGCAGUGGGCAGGAGUGGGGGGCGCCGAUCAGCUGUGCUCUGUGCCCAGCCUGAAAGGAGCUCCGGUCACCAGGACCAUUUUGCAAGCUGCAGCUUCGCUUGCUAGGAAUGCAGUGAGUGUUGCAGAGCCCAGAGGCUUGUGGGUCAAAUCCUGGCAGGUGGGGAGCAUUUUAAUGAAGCUUGGCAAUGCCUUGGUAUUUAGUUAAGCUUUAAAGCACGCUGGCAGCCUGCAUAAUGCUUCGUGUGCCGCAGCCAGUGCUAACGAGCGAGCUUUGUACGGAAAAGCACGUGGCACCACGCACCUGAUGGCAACUGCCCUCGAGCUGCGCAAGGCAGGGGGUGCUGGGAUGGGAGGAUGAGGGCAUUUCUGCUCUGCCCUGCUCUCCCCAAGCACAGGCGUGAUCCUGAGCCCAGUUGUUAAGGGAUUACCCAGACUCAGGCCCUGGAUCUUACCAGGACUUAACAUGCCAAGUGCUCUGAGGACAAGUGGCGAGGUCUCAGCGCUAGGUCACGGCAGCACUCGGGAGCACUGGAGGCGUCCGUGCCUCCGAUGGGGAGAGGAGCAACCCUGGCUGUGCGCUGUCCCCUCUAAUGCGUGCGACUGGCUCGGCCAAACCCGGGUGCGAGGGACCGCAUCUCUUCUCCGGUGGCAGCAGUGUCCUGAAGACAGCAGCUGACUCGAGGUAAGCGCGGCGCUCACGGUAGGCGGCAUUUGCUGGAUGUAGGAGACGCCGUGGCCUGUGUUAAUACAGGAACGCGGGAUCUGGUGAAACCUGUGAUUAUUUUCCCCUUGCGGUGGAUUCCUGCCCCUGGAGUUUGAGCGCGGAGCAAGCGAGCCCUGACGAGGGGGAGAGAAGCCAGAUCUGCCCCGCUCCAGUGGUUUUCGUGGCGGGGAUGUGCCGUUUGGGCUUGAUUCAGGAGAGGACUAGGGGUGAGACCCAAAGAUGAGAGGGCCUUGCUUUGGGCGGUUCAGCCAAUUCCCAGUGACUCAUCCCCGAGAGGAGUAGACGGCGCGGAGGAUAAGCCUGCGCUGGCAGGGUGGCCUUGGCUGGGGGAGGCGCCUGCGUGUCUUGAGGGAGCGAUCUUCUGCGACCCGCUCGGACACGUGGGAAGUGACGGCCGUGGUGACUCUCGGCUGCGGGACCGGCACGUGGGUGUACGGCUGGGGGGCAGCGAUAGGCCACGGGGCUUCUCCUGCUGCCAGGGGGGCCAGGGCGAGCGGUGCAAGCUGGGGUGCACGGUCCUUGGCUUCGGGCAGAUUUCUUUUGCUGAGAGCUGCUGCGGGAGGGGAGGCCAGGUCCUUCCCCGCCCAGGGCCCACGGCGAGCCGUCUCCACUAGGCCCCGGCACAGCUUCAGCCCCCGCGCACAGCGCCUCGGAGCCCCGACGUCCAUUGAAACGGAGCCGCUCCGUGCCCCCCGCCCUCGCGCAGCCUCCGUGUCCUCGGCCGCGGCUCCAGCUGGUCCCGCUCAGAGCGGACGCGACGUUGUUUAUGCUGCGAGCCUCGGCCCGCCGCCCUCACACGGCCCGCUCCGGCUGCGCGAGCCCUCCCCGCACACGCUCGCGGCUGCUCUCUUGGAGCUCGUCGGCGACGGCACCGAGGCCGACGGCUGCCCCGCGGCUUCGGCAUCUGGCUGCUCUCGCCAGCCCCGCCACACGCGGCGAGGUCUCAGUUGCCCCUGCUUUACCGGGGGGGGGGCCAGUCGCACUGAACCCCACGCUGAGGGUUGCUGUAACGAUGCCUGGCCCCUUCCCUCCCGUGGGCACGGGGCUGCAGGUGCUCGGGGCGCUUCAGCCUGCCUCGUGCUGGGCCCGGAGCGUCGCCGGGUGCUCGCUACCCCCGAGGAGGGGAAGGGUCGGGCCCUGGGGUCGGUGCCACCUGAUCCCGCAGCGCAGGUUUGGAAGAGGUGGGAGGGGGUUUGUCUGGGACCCGCCCCCUUCCCCUCCAGCCCGUGCACACGCGCACGCGUUAAAGCGCGCCAACCUGCAGCGCACCGGCGGGCUCCGCCGGCGCCCGCGAUUGGCUGGCGGCGGCGCGGCGCGGCGCGAUGGAGACGUGCGGGGUCUGGCUGGACACAGCGCGGGCGCGGGCGCGGGGCGGCCGCCAGACCCGCAUCGCCGCCUUCUUCCCGCCCCGCGCAGGUACGGGGCCGGGGCCCAGCUGUCCGCGCGCGGACACCGGGCCUUGCUCCAACGCCGCUUGCUUUGCAGGCGGGAGGAAGGCCCCGGCCCCGGCCCCGGCCCCCUGCCCUGCGCCGCCGCCCGUGCAGCCCCGGCCGUGCGCCGCGGCCCGUCUCCCGCGAGCCGAGGGCAGCCCCCGGCGGGCCGGCUGCGGAAGAGCCGCGUCCCCGCCGGCUGCGAGCGUCCCCGCGGCCGGCCCCGCGCGCAGACGAGCCGGCCGCGAGCCCCGCGACGCCGAGAACGCGGCCCCCGCGGCCGAGCCGCGCCCCGGGAGAGCCGUGCUCGCCGGGCCCCUGCGGCCGCUCACUAACACGGUGUGGCCCAGGCAGCCUUGCGCCAGCCCCGGGGCGCCCGACCGCCCGGGGCACAGCCAGGGCACUGCCUUCGCCCAGCUCUUUACGCAGGAUUCGGAGGGGUGCUGGGUCAUUUCUCAUCGCCAGCUCCAGGCAGGACUCGGAUCCCCUCCGCGGAAAAAGGCUCGGCAGGACGGCACGGACUCGGGCGGUGGGGCCAGCAGCCCCUCGACCAGGGACGGCGCUCGAGUCCGUGCCCCAGCGGCACGGGAGGCCUCCCGGGGCCCAGACUCAUCCCAGGACUGGCUCUUCACAGAGGACUCGGAAGGGAACAGAGUGAUUAGACAUCCGAUCCGCAACUAGGAACAGGCCGCGCAGGGUGGUCUGGUGUUGUUUAAUGGACAGGACAAGCCCUCCGCUGUCUGCACCGUGCGCUGCUGUCUUCAAGAAGGAUGCAAGGAGUACGCCAGCGUGCACAUGGUGCAGCAAGCAGAAGGAGCUGGGAUUAAGGAGGAGAGUUUUGUGCAAAUAAAGAGUGUUUUUAUCCAG